AUGGAAAACUAUGAUGAAGAAAACAAUGAUGAAGAAAUUAUUAUAGAAAGAAAAAAACCAAGAAGUGAAAAUAAUAAUAAUAAUAAUAAUAAUAAUAAUAAUAAUAAUAAUAAUAAUAAUAAUAAUAAUAAUAAUAAUAAUAAUAAUAAUAAUAAUAAUAAUAAUAAUAGUGAAAUUAAUAAUAAAAUUUAUGAAUCAAAAUUAUCUCCAGAUGAAAUUACAAAAAUAGUACAAGAUAAAUAUACAGGAGAUAUUAAACCAACAUAUAAAUAUAUUAAAUAUGAUUAUUAUCAAUUAGUAUUUAGAGCAUAUUCUUUCUUGGAUGAUAUUGGUGUUGAUAUUAAACAAUGGAAUAGACAAAAAGAAGAAUUACCAAAACAAAUUGAAGAGUAUUUAAUUCGUUAUGGUUUUAUCAAGGACACUCAGGUUAAUUCCUUUAUCAAAUUUAUUAAAAAUAAUGAUUUGGUUUCAAUUGGUUUUAAUUCAGAAUAUGGUGUACCUUUUCUUUCAAGUUCAAAAAAAAAUAGAGAAUGUGUUGUAAGUGAUAGUGAUGCUGAAAUUGUUCUUAGAAAAGCACAUGGUACCAAACACUAUCAACGAUGGUCGAUGGAUAGAAAUGUAAAAAAAUUAUAUUUUUACUCCCAAUGGAAUCACAUUCAAACUUUUUGUGAUGAAUGUGAUAAUUAUAGAUGUCAAAAAAAAAAGAUGAGGAGAGGGAAAGAGAGAGAGAGAGAAAGAAUGGCAGAUACAGAAGAAAAAAAUAAUACCGAUAUUAUUCAAAAUAUAAUAACCGAGACUGAAUCAGGAUUGGUUCCAGUUUCAAACCCUGUGGCGGUGACAUCUGGCUCGAAAGAAAAUCCAAUUAAUAUUGAGUCAUUUGUUAAAAUGAUGUCAACCAUGCAAGAGAAAAUGAUGUCAACCAUACAAGAACUUACUCAAACAAUUGCUAAUAAUAAUAAUAAUAAUAAUAGUAAUAAUAAUAAUAAUAAUAAUACAACAACAACAACAACCAACACAAAUAACACUCUACCCCCAACAAAUAGUAUCGAUUUAUCACAAAUUCCUCAACCAUAUCAACAUUUACAACUUCAACAAUUACAACAACUUCAACAAUUACAACAACAAAUUCAAGCAGCUCAACAACAAGCACAACAACAAAUUUUACAAAAAAGUUUACUAAAUGUCCUCAAUAAAAAUAAAACAAAUGAAGAAAAGAAAAAGAAAAAGAAAAAAACAAAUAAAAAAAAACCAAGGGAAGAAGAGAAAGAAAAGAAAAAGAAAAAGAAAAAAACAAAUAAAAAAAGACCAAGAGAAGAAGAAGAGGAAUCUGAAUCUGAAUCUGAAUCCGAAUCUGAAUCUGAAUCCGAAUCUGAAUCCGAAUCCGAAUCCGAAUCCGAAUCUGAAUCCGAAUCUGAAUCUGAAUCUGAAUCUGAAUCCGUAUCGGAAGAAGAAGAAGAAGAGGAAGAGGAAAAGAAAAAGAAAAAGAAAAAAACUGGUAAAAAUGUUCCAAUAAAAUCAAGACCAAGAGAAGUGGUGGUAAACAAAGCAACGAAAAAGAAAGAAAAGUCUGAUAAAAAAGAAACCCCAAUAAAAUUAAAAAAAAGUAGAGCUGAAAAAAAAAAAAUAUAA